AAAGAUCUAUGUGGCAACCCUUUUUGAUGAUGUAGGCAUCUGACAUUUACAAUUAGAAUAUUAAUCUCUCUUUGAUCUUCAAAAUUUUUGUUUGUUUUUUAAUUAUAUUUGGGCAAAGUAUUUUUAUUUUGGUGUGAACGAAUGGUUACGAAUUAGGUUAAUAAAUUUCUGUUUGCACAAUGUCCGAAAAAUUCAGUGGUUUUAGUCAGGAUGAAAUAAAUCGGGUUUCCGGUCAGAAGAAUAACAAAAACUUGCCAAUAGAUAAGAAUAUGAGACCAGCAACAUUUCGUGGACACGGUGGCAUUAGACGUAUGCCAGACAAAGGUGAGAGCCACCGUUCGAGUCAACAAAAAAUGCAGUCCAACCCCUUAGUUCCAAACAAAAACAAGAUGUUAACAGACAAAUUGCAAAGUAUGGACACAAAUGAUUCUAUGGAAGACAUCAACUUUGAUGGUGGCUUGUCCAAAUCCAUAGAGGAGGCACUUUUCUUUCAACCACAGAAGAAAACGUAUCGACAGCAAUCGACGGAAAAAUCAAAUUCAACUACAACUACAUCUUCUAACACUAACGCAGAAUUACCAACAUCGCGCCAGAAUACCAUCGGUUCUCAGCAAAGUGCACAUCAACAACAGCAAUCAUCUAACGAUUCCUCUUUACUGAAAUUAAAUAUAGAUGCUGAUAGUCAAAUAACUUCAACAUGUUCCAGCAGCAUGGAUGAUGACGACUCAUCCAUUUUGCCGUCAUCAAUCGGCGACAAAACUCCCACACCUUUUGUUCCCCCCAGUUCAUUACAAGUACAAUCCCCAUUUAGAGGAAUAUCAUUAAAAGACUUUGAAACUCACCGAAAAAUGAUCGAAGAGCAGAAUCGUCAGAAAAAAGAUUUACUGUAUAAAGUUAUUGAACAACAUUCACAAAAAACCGCUGCUGAAACACGAAAAAUCGAAGAAAUUAAAGCCGAGCUUUCUAAAUUGGACAAUGAUUUAGCGGUGGAUGUGGCAGUUUUGAGAAAACAAAUCGAAAGUGCUUGCAUUCAUUUUGCAAACAUAGAGAAAAAUUACUUAAAAAUCGAAGCUCAAUUUCUAAAAGCCAAAAUAGAACUUCAUAAUGCUGCUGAAAAGAAAGAACUGCUUACCGAACAUCUAUGCACAGUAAUUGCCCAUAAUGAAGAUCGAAAGGCGCAAAAACUUACUGAACUAAUGGAAAAGGUUGGACUGGCUGCCGCUCAUAACGGAGACUAUGAACCCCCAAGUUCAACUUCUAAAUGAGAAGUUUUAUCUUUCUCAACUCAAAGUAGAUUUAAUUUAAUAAGCAAAGCAAAUAUAUUUUAUAAUGUUGUAAUAACUUUUGUAUGUACAAAUAAGUAUUAAUUAAUUAAAAUGUAGCCUUUAUAGUGUGUGUAAAUUUGUAAAAGCUCUCUGAAACUCAAUUCUUUAUAGUUAUAUAUUUAUGUACUUGCCUCUUAAAAAUUGUAAACUACGAACAAAAAAUUUAUUAAAUAUAUAUGUAUGUUUCGUUGAAAUAA